AUGAUUACGAUUCCAAUCAAUGACAACGUCACGUCAUCGCUCGUAACGCAUGAAAAUAGUGUCCUCACUCAAGCAUCGACUUGUUCCCACAAAGAAGUGACACGAGAACUUCAUGUCGAUGUUAAUUACGGUCUCUCGAAGCUCUCAGUACGUGAACGACAGCACGAAUGGGGAUUUAAUGAGCUCACGGGUGACGUUACCGAGUCAAUUGUUGUCAAAUUUCUCGGUCAAUUCAAAGAUCCACUUAUUAUUCUGCUCAUGUCGUCGGGGAUCUUGAGUGUGGCUAUGGGACAUACAGAUGAUGCUAUUUCCAUUGCUGUAGCCAUUACAAUUGUCGUUAUGGUGGCUUUUGUACAGGAAUAUCGUUCUGAAAAGACACUGGAGGCACUUAAGGAGCUCAUGCCACCACAUUGCAAAGCAUUACGAGAUGGGACACUUGUGGAUAUUUUGGCAAAGGAAUUAGUGCCUGGAGAUAUUGUACUAGUGGAUGUGGGGGAUCGUGUUCCAGCGGACGCUAGGCUUGUGGAAGCAGUGGAUCUUGAGGUUGAUGAGUCGAGUCUAACGGGUGAAAAUGCACCGGUUGCUAAGAUUACUGAAGCAAUUGCGGAUAGUCAUUUACACUCGAUUGCAGAACGCAAGAAUGUGAUUUACAUGGGCACAUUAGUGCGUGCUGGUCGUGGACGAGCUGUCGUGGUUGGUACUGGAUCACGCACAGAGUUUGGACAGGUCUUUGAUGUAGUACACCAAGUGGAAGAGCGCAGGACGCCACUGCAGAACAGCAUGGACACGCUGGGUAAACAUCUCAGUAUGUUCUCACUUGCCGUCAUCGCAGCGAUUGUAGUCGUUGGUGUCAUCCAACGCAAGGACGUGGUGACCAUGCUGCAGAUUGGCGUCUCGUUAGCUGUGGCUGCUAUCCCUGAGGGUCUACCGAUCUGUGUGACAGUCACCUUGGCAUUUGGAGUCAUGAAGAUGGCAAAACGCCACGCCAUUGUGAAGAAACUUCCUGCCGUCGAGGCGCUUGGCUGCAUCAAUGUGAUUUGUGUGGACAAGACGGGCACGAUCACGACAAACAAGAUGGAGGUGAUCGAGAUUUUUGUUCCUUUCGAGAGUGAGACUGCUGAUGUAAACGGCGUUGGCGAGCGAGAGUGGUCACCAUCCCAGACAUUUGCAUCGGACAUGGCCAACAAGAAGACUUGCUCAGCCGUUACCAUGCGUGGUGAGCCUGUUACAGAGACAUCUCAACCUCAUAUUUACCACUGCUUGUUGUCUGGUGCACUCUGCAACAAUGCGAACAUAGUGGACGGUGAGGUACUUGGCCAAGCGACCGAGGGCGCCGUUCUGCUUUGCGCGCAGAAGGUGGGAAUUACACCUUCGGUUAUUCAGCAGUUCCGUCGUGUCAGCGAAGUGCCUUUUAGCUCGGAAAAGAAGUGGAUGGCUGUGUGCUGCGAGCCACUGUCGGGUGGAUUGUCUCGUUGGCACCUUAAGGGCAUGACGGAGGCUAUUUUGUCGCGCUGCAGUAAAAUUGAAGAUAACUGUGGUCGCGAGAAAGAGAUGACUCCGGGUGACCGCGAGCGCAUCUUCGUAGCAUCCCAGCAGAUGGCGGCUCGUGGUCUUCGUGUUCUGGCUUUCUCUUUUGGUGAGCACUCGGGAAAUGACAUGGUAUUUGCCGGGCUAAUGGGAAUUUCAGAUCCGCCUCGCGCUGAGAUCGAGAAGUCAGUACUCGAACUGUCGCUGAGUGGAGUCAAGACCGUCAUGCUUACGGGCGAUUCAAAGGAGACGGCUAUUGCGAUUGCUGCAAAGGUGAAUAUCAUUUCGAGCGACAGAUUUGGCAGCUCUGGCUGCGAUGAGGAGGGAAGAAAUGCCGUGGACGAGGUGGUAAUGUCGGGUCAGGAGCUGGAGAUUAUGGAUAUGAUGGAGCUGGAGCAGCGCAUUCUAAAAACAUGUGUGUUUUACCGGACAUCUCCUCACCAAAAGCUGAAGAUCGUACGAGCUUUUCAAGAGGCAGGUCUGAUGGUAGCAAUGACUGGUGACGGCGUGAAUGAUGCACCUGCACUCAAAGCGGCAGACAUUGGCAUUGCCAUGGGCACAAACGGAACGGAUGUUUCGAAAGAGGCUGCGGACAUGAUUUUACUGGACGACAACUUUAGCACAAUCCUGUGCGCCAUGGAAGAGGGCAAGUCAAUUUACCACAAUAUCAAGCACUUCCUGCGUUUUCAGCUCAGUACGAGCAUCUCAGCGCUAUGCUUGAUCGCGUUCUCCACGUUGUUCAAUCUACCGUCUCCACUGAAUGCCAUGCAGAUUCUUUGGAUUAACAUCAUCAUGGACGGACCACCGGCCCAGAGUCUUGGCGUGGAGCCGGUAGACCAUGACGUGAUGAAGGAAGGUCCGCGCUCAAAGGAUGCCAAUAUUAUCACGCGUACCAUGAUUCAUCGUGUGCUCACAUCAGCUUUCUUCAUCGUAUGUGGCACCCUUUACGUAUUCUGGGUGGAGCUGAGCUCUGAUGGCACAGUUAGUAGGCGCGACCGUACCAUGAGCUUCACCACGUUUGUCAUGUUUGACAUGUUCAACGCACUCUCGUGCCGGUCAGAUGAUAAGUCCAUCUUCGAGAUUGGCAUUCUCUCCAACACGUUUUUUGCGUACGCAGUAGGUGCGUCGCUGCUGGGCCAGCUCCUUGUCAUCUACUUUCCGCCGCUUCAGGCAACAUUCCAGACUGAGGCGUUAACAUUUGGUGAUUUGGUCUACAUCUGUUGCAUCGCAUCGACUGUGCUCAUCUUCGACGAGGUCCGCAAAUUGUGGCAAGUGCGCAAGCUGCGUGGGUCAAUGCGCUCUGCGUCUAUCACCGCCGGCUUUACGCAAAAGAAGCGGAAGCAUUCGUGGGAAAAUGAAGGAAAGAGCUACGAUACUGUGUAG